AUGUCGGUAGCACUGAUGCAUCGAGUUGCAGGUAGACAUGAAACAGCGCCCAUCAAGGAAUUUACCUGGGGUGUUGCAAGUCGCAGUUGCAGCGUCCGAAUUCCUCGUAAAACAGCCGACGAGGGCAUGGGCUAUUUCGAGGAUCGAAGACCGGCAUCGAACUGUGACCCGUACCUGGUGACAAUGGCGCUUGCUCGUACUGUAUGCCUCAAUGAGCGGAAAUUGUCGCUGACAUACACGCCGAAGUAA